GAGAGAGAGAGAGAGAGAGAGAGAGAGAGAGAGACACACACACACACACAGAGACACAGAGACAGACUGGCUCGAUGUGUGUGUUUUCCUCUGCUUGAAGAGUUGACGGGUACGUGAAGGCUUUUUCACCCUGACAGAAAGCAGCUCGCAGUGUGGAAGCACCGCUGCUGGCUGUGAUCAGGGAUUCCCGCACCGCCACGGUUUCUUUUCCAAACUCGUAACCACUGACUUCCACAAGCUCUCAAGCCCUGGGUGUCUGUCCCCGGUUCCCAUUCCAACCUUUUUUCCCUGUUUGCUAGUUUUCCGGGCCGGUCAUGUCGAUUGUGGACCACAGCCCCACCACGGGCGUGGUCACUGUGAUCGUGAUCCUGAUUGCCAUCGCUGCGCUGGGGGCCUUGAUACUGGGCUGCUGGUGCUACCUGCGGCUGCAGCACAUCGGCCAGUCCGAGGAUGAGGAGAGCAUCGUGGGGGAGGGGGAGACCAAGGAGCCCUUCCUGCUGGUGCAGUACUCUGCCAAGGGGCCGCGAGUGGAGAGGAAAACCAAGCUGACCCCCAAUGGCACAGAGAGUCACAGUUAACUGUGAACCCCACGACCCCCGCUCUGCCUGUCCCAAGCAGCGCUGUGAAGAUCCAAAGUAGCUUUCUUUCUGGAAGACUCUGUUCUCCCUUGACUCGAAUGACAGAUUCUCUAGAGGUGGGCUGACAGUGCCUAGUGGCUUCGCAGUUUCAGAGUUUAUAGAAGGAAAUGCCUGCACUGCACUGCCUGGACGAAAUAAAUAAAAAGACACUCCAGCAUUUCUGCAAUUCCUUUUGAAUUGAACGUUCAGCUGAGUCUAACCUUUUGAUGAAGCUACUUUCACUGCUAUAGCAGCUGUGUAACCUGUAAACUGCAGAACGAAACGCUAAGUAGGGAAAGCAACAUAUCUGCCCUCGGUGCAUUGUACUGUUCCAGGACCUGCUGCUUUUCAUUGUUAAUGAAAACGAGGCAGGAGGCUGUGUAACCGGAGGACAGUUGUGUGUUUGUUAUGUUGUUCUAAGGCUGGAGUGAUGCCAUCAAGAUCGUUUUCCAAUAAAGCCGAUGCAUCAAUUCAUCGACAUCAUGAAAGAGUAACAUAAAAUAGCAGUAAUGCACGUGGAACUGUGGAUUACUGUGCAACAGUGCUAGUAAAGGGUUACAAACUGUUCGACAGAUUAAAUUACAUCAGUUUGUGCAUAUACUGACAAAACAAAAUAUUUACUCAUUGUCUUACCUUGUCCAGGUUGAUUUGAGCCAGCCAAUGGUCAAAGCAAAGCCCACUGACUAAAAAAAAUGAACACAUUUACAUACACACACACACACACACAUAUAUAUAUAUAUAUAUAUAUAUAUAUAUAUAUAUAUAUAUAUAUAUACACAUGGGGAGAAAGUCUGCACUGAAAUAUAAUAAAUGCGUGCCGAUUGGGGGAAAAAAAAAAA